UCAGGUUUAGAUUUGUUAAGUACAUAUGCUUCUGAUUCUGAAGAUGAUGAUGAUGUUAACGAUAAUGAUAAAUCUAAUGAAAAUUUUAAACGAUUGCCUUUACCUGUAAGUAUUCUAGCAUGGGAGGGUGUCCCACAUCAUGAAGAUGUAUAUGACAAUCCAUCACAACAUGAAGGAAGAGUAAGAAGUUUUAAGCAUGAACGUGGAAAUUGGGCUACCUUAAUUUAUAUUAAUUAUGAACCUAGUGAGAACAUGCUUUCAUGGAUGUUUUCAAUAUUAAAAGAAUUGUCAGUAAAAUGUAAUAUACUUUCUGAGCAGUUUCAUAUUAGUGUAACAAGAACAUUAAUUUUAAAGUUUCAUUGGAUUGAAUCCUUUGUAGAGGAAACCAAAAAGUUAUGCAGGCAGACAGACCAAUUUAGUUUAGAACUUUUAAAUGUACAAGUAUAUACUAAUGAAGAAAAUAUGCGUACAUUUCUUGGAAUACAAUGUGUUGAUUGCAAAGGAACUCUUACUCACUUUGUAAAAAAUCUUAAUAAAAUUCUUGCAGAAUAUGAGUUACCACCUUUUUAUGAAGACUUUUCCUAUCACAUUAGCUUUAUGUGGUGUCUUGGAAAUGAAGUUUCAGUUUUAAAUGAUUAUACAUAUUCUUUAACUACUAAAUUAAAUCAAUUUCUAAUUGAGAAUGCAGAAGAAAGGUAUAUACAUGUUACAACAAUACACCUUAAGAUUGGAAACAAAUUAUAUGCAUUUAAA